AUGGCGUUCCUUCGAGGAAGCUCCAUUUACUGUAUAAAGAAAGAAGAGAUUGAUAUAUCGAGACGAAUAACUUUCAGCAGUAUAUGCAUCUCUACAGCAACGAUAUCUUCUUUUGGAGCUAUUGUUCAGCUUGUCAACUGGUCGAAAAGAAUGCGCCUUUCAGAUCGGGAGUCGAGAAGAGUCCCUUCUCCUACUCCGCAUAUCGUGUUUUCGCUUGCAUUGGCAGAUUUGUUCACAUGUGUAGGUGAGAUCCUUGAGUAUUAAUUACCGACCGUCAUACGAUCAUUAGUGUAAAGAGUUAUUUUUCUUACAAGAUUGCCUUGCUGACCAAAAUCGCCCGAAGGUCAGAAUUUAAGUAGCAUAUUGCCGGCGGAAACCAAGCAUCUGUUUGUUGAAAAACCAAACAGAUUCAUUGUAACUAUGGUGUGACGAUGUCAACUUUUCAUUAACAGAUGACAAAUGUUUUUACUAAAUACCGACAUCUUGUUUUACGUAAUACCGACAUCGCGUGUAAAUCAGCUGAUUUGGAUCAAAGAACAAAGAAAUCCAGGGACCGCGGAGCAAGGUGAAAAGUGGGAGGGCUGACAAUUGAAAAUAUUUUUUUCAUAUUGAAAAUCGAAAAAAGGAAUAAAAGGAAUAAAAUCAUAGUAUUUGUAUGUUUACUGGUCAAACUCAAACUCAUCAUUUUCAUUGCAAGUAGUUGUCGUCUUUUCUGCAGAGCUUACAGACUUUGAUGAAGUCCCAGAUAACUCUAAUAAACGACCAACAUACACGGUCAGUUCAGAUUCAAUGCAAGAAAAGACGGGAUUACAAUUUUAGUAUAGAAAAUACUACACUGACGUGAUCUGAAAAAUUUCUAACUAUGGCCGUUCACUGUUCAAGUAAUGUAAUUCUUCUUGCCAUCGAAUAUUUCAUUGAUUCGAAAGGAGAAAGAAAAAAUAUAAAACUUUUAUCAACUCAAAACAACUACUCACCUUCGUCUGGCUUGAAAAAGCUAGUAAUUUUCUUCAUUUCGUCUAAAACUCUGCCGGAGCUGGAAGUACAAAACACGCUGCCGAACGAAGCGAAGGGGUGGCCAAGGCAUAGCGUUUAAUCAAGGAGCAAGUCGGCCCAAGGGCACAAUUACUGCGAAAAGCACAGGAGUCCCACAAAAUGCCUGGCGUUGGAAAUAAAAGAAAAUACAGAGAAUAUAGCGGAAUAUAGACGGCAAAAACUUGUUUCAAGUCUUUUUUUUUAAUUUAAUUAUUUUUCCUUUAGCGCAAAAAGUGGGGGCGGGGGCGCAAAAAAGUGGUGGGGCCGCGGCCCUACCAGCCCCUCCCCCUCCGCAGUCCCUGAAAUCUCACAAUCCAUGACCAAGAAUUAUCAUUAUCAUUAUUAUUAUUUAUUUAUUUAUUUAUUUAUUUUUCCUCUCUAUUCGCCUUUCUGUGCCUCCCCAUUCAUCAUUCCAUAACAAACACUCCAGGAAGAAAAAUUCAGACUGCACCAUUGAGGUUUGAACUCACAACUGUCUGAUUUACAGUCCCUAGUUAUGUACACAACACCACCCAAGGACAAAUUGCAGUUUCUGAUUGUAUUUAAACCUUAAAAUAUAAAAAAAUACUUCAAAUAUCUUCUUUCAGUAUUAUAGUUAUGUUAAUGAUUAUAUACCUGCAGAGUUCAAAAGAUAUCAAGUUUACUUGAAAUGUGGCAUCGAGGGCCAAUAAGAAUGACAAAAUUUGACACCAUUUUGGAAUAAAAAAGGUGUUUGAAACAUUUAAUUUUUUUUCUUUCCAGGUGCUAUUUCCAUGUCAAUAUUACUGCUCACAUUAAUGCUUCCUUCUGAAACACCACUAAAACCAUUCAGUGAGUCCUAUGUUGAUUUUGCAUUACCAAUUGAGGUACAGUACCGUCUUGUGACAAUGAUUUUUAUGUUCCUAAGAGUGUUUUAUUAAUUUUAUGGUUGGGACCAGGUGAUGGAUUGUCUUUAAGUGCAUAUAUAUUUUUUGAUAAAAAAAUUAUUAAUUGAUAUAACAAUAAUUAUUGUAUAUGUGUGACUGACUAUUAGGCCUCUUUAUGGUAGAUCUGAGAGAGUGAAGAUAAGAAUUCCUGCCCCUCCCCUCUUCUGCCUUUCAAAUCUCCUCUUUCUUAACCAUUAAGCUAGACAAAAUACUUAGGGUACCAUAUUUCUGUGAUAAGUGCCCAGGCGCUUACUUCAAAUAAUGAAAUAAGUAUUUCAUCUAAAAGAAUGGGCUCUUAUGCAAAGGAGGGCACUUAAUUAUGUUUUCUUUAAAAAGAACUAAAGAAUGGUCUUAGACUAGUUUUUCCUGGGAAGUUUAUGGCCUUAACCAAGAGUGUGGUGGCAAUAGGACAAAAAUUGAAAGAAGAGGUGAUGCACACAUACUGGAACUCUGGAAGAACAUGGAUAAAGAAUUGACUGGAAGUGACUUAACGGAAAAGAAACUAUUUUCCUUUACAGAUUUCGCUGUAGUCAAAGCCUAAAAGGUUAACUAAAGUGGCAAAAAAAGCUUGUUUUCCAUGUAUCCCUAUCAUUUAUUAAAGUAAGGGGGACGGGAGGGGGGUGCUUAUUUGAUAUUUUGGUCUCAAGGUUGGGCACUUUUUUGGUGGGGGGGGGGGGGGGGGGGGGUAUGCGACGGUAGCAAAGACCAAAAGUGGUACAAACAGUGGAUAAAACGGUUGUUGGUCAGUUACCCCUGUUAUUUUUUAAAGUGGGGGGGGGGGGGGGGGGGUGUUUUUUUGGUUUGUGGGGUUCAAGGUGUGGGAUUUUUUUGGGGGGGGGGGGGGGGGUGUGUGCUUAUUAGAGCAUGGGCGUUUUUUGCGGAAAUGCAGUAUAUAUACAAAUGUCUAGACAUUCUGCCAAUCCAAACCAAAAUUCAAUCAUCCUAAAAAGAUGUUUUCAAGUUAUUUUUCUUUCUGUCAGUUGUUAUUGAUAAUUUAUUUACUUUCUUUCAAUUCAAUUUCAGUCAUUCACAAUGUUUUCAUACAUUUGUUCCUACUUGUGGACACUGUUUUACUCCAUUGAUAUCUGCCUUCAAGUUCAUAAUAGUGCUACAAGGUAAAGAGCUUUUAGUUAGCAGCCAUAUUUUCUUCAUUGUUAGCUGAAAGAUUCCAUAUAUCCAAGGAAAGCGUGAUCUAAACAGCAAGUCACUUUCUUUGUCAAUUUCACAUGGUCUAUAGAAUUGUAGUGAUUAUACAUUGUGACAGAUUUUCAGCCCUAAUGAAUCAAAUGCUAGAGCUUCCACAGGUGAAUCUUGAAGUGAGGAUGAGUAGUUUCUAAAUGUUUUGUAUGUUGUCACAUUGGUUUGCAGAUUCAACAGUGCAGCAUAUCAUUUGAUGUCAUGGCCAUUGGCAGCUUGGCUUGUAAUAUGUGUUGAGGUUGCAGUAUAUCUGACAGAUCCAAUAAAGUGAGAAUAAAUUAUGGUAUUAUUUUGAUGUUGGUCUAAUCUGUAUCACAGCGCCGAUUGUUCUUCACGACUUAACUUUAGCUGAAAAAAUGUUUUAAAAGCUUAAGCUCAAGUUUCUCAUGCUUGACCUGGGUUAUCUGGUUACUGGUUGUUUUGAGUUAAGGUCGUUUUGAUACAAGUUUAUUCAGUCAAAGUGUAAAAUUUUUCACAUUGGCUUAAAGAAUGAAGAAGAUUCACCCAAACUAUACCUGAAGUGAACAACUGCAAAAUCUUUGACUGUACAAUUUCACUGCUUGAAUUCAUAUCAAAACAACUUGUGUUGAGACGACUUUACUUUGAGACGUUGAGAAUAGUUCUGUUUAAAAUAGUGAAGGCAUAUAUAAACAGGUAUAUUUAACAGCACUGAAUGUUCAGAAAUUGUUGUGAAAGUGAAGGACAGUAUUAAAUUAAGUUGAUCACUUGAUGGCUCACAAACAUCUCCCAUCCACCCUCAAUUUUCCUUCCGCUUUUGGAGGUUUUAAUUUUAAUAAAUGGCGAAUUCUUUUUGGUUUUCAGUUGCUCCCAUGGUAACAUAGCACUUCUACAUUAUGCAGUUUGCUUUGUUCCUCUGUUCCUAGUAAUGGUGUCCCUUCCUUUCAUUUACUGGAAAGCUUAUCGAAAAGGUAGUUAUUUAGAAAAUAGAAAAAAUAAUAAUUUAAAUCAGUCUUAUCAGAGCUGUCAUUCAGGGCCCUGGGAUUUCUCCUGACUACUACAGUGCAUCUGGUGCCAGAUCCAGACCUUGAGACCUUUGGGCCUCAGUUAAGUCUAAAAAUAAGAGGAAGUCCAGGCCCUGGGCCCCUUCCUGAAAUCCGCCGCUGGUAUCAGAGCAUGAUUCCUGGCUACUUAUUUCAAAGGGAACAAAAGGAAAAUAGAACUUCCUAGCCCAGGGAGGAGGGACUCCCAUAUGAAACGGGCUUGUAAGAAAUUUUGAAUUAAACCCCUAAAGGAGACCAAUCUGGGCUAUUUUGCCCCCUAAAAGAGACCAUUUUAAACUUGUAGAAAACAAAAAAUGAAUUGAAAACAUAAUUAUGUUUUUAUAUUUCUUUGCGUGACCCUAAAAAAGACCUUUACAGCUAUAUUACAAUGGUGUUUUGCUCAGAACUCCCUAAGUGAGACCAAAAUCUGAAAUGAGAGACGAUGAGCAUCCCUGCCCCUUUCAUAUGGGAGGCCCCCCGGGCUUCCUAGUUGUUUAACCAGAAACUGCCACUUAUAAGAUCCCCAGUUAUAGGCCUAUCUACAUAUAGACUAAAAAAAUACAUCCAAUUAUAAGCACAUUUCAAAUGUAUUAAAAUGAAUUCAAUUAUUCUUUAUUAUGACAUUUUGAAGCAUAAUAAUUAAAAACACAGUAAUUUAUGCAAAUGUAUUUUGAUCAGCAUUCCUUGAUGCUAUAGCAGGUUUUGAAGCACUUUUUUAGUCUAUUCUUUCAUUAUGAGCGACCUUCGAUAUAAGCCUGUGUGUUUAUAAGCUUUCCUAAAACCCUUAAUUAUGAAGAUGUAUAAGCCCAGGGCAUAUAUAAGCAGCAGUCAUAGUUCACUUCAGCCCUGAGUCUGACUAAUUUUUACCAACUCAGUAAAAACAGUGAUGAUAAGGAUUUUUAUUAAUCUAUCACAAAUCAAAAUAGCUGAACGUUUUAAUCAUUUUGUAUAAUUUUGAAUUUCAAGGGGUUCCUUAAAAAAAGCUCUUUAAAAGCAGAGUAGCUUCCCAAAAAAUUGCCCUUUUGUUUAGGGUGCGUGUAAUUUAUCAUUAGCUGCCAACAAGAGUCUAUAUUAAACUUGGGCGCUAUAUAUGCCCCACUCUGGUAUUAACGCUUUAAACCCUAACAUCAAAAUUCAAAUUCUCAUUUGUUAUCCCUAUACGUCUUCAACAGAAGUAGUGGGGAGAAUUUGUUGAAGUAUCAAUUAGGUUCAUCUUGUUUGAUCAUGUCCUUAAUUCUUAUGACCACUCUGUUUUAUUAAGAUGUAUUAUUACGAGGAGAAAUUUGAUGCCCAUCACUCUUAGGGCUUAAAGGGUUAAGCGAGAACAUACCGUAGCUUAUAUGUUAAUGUGUUUGUUUGUUUUCCAGUGUCCCAGAAUAUGAAAAGAUCGGGCUAUUUUACAGAUACUCAGAGAAAGGCCCAAAAGUCUGUUAGGAGGAGAUUUUUUUUAAUAGUCUUUGUCUUUGCUUUGUGGUAAGUGUGCACACUAUCUCAAAUUGUGAAAAUUCUAAAUAAAAUUGUUCACAGAGAAAUUCCACUAACUUUUAUAAUGGAGCCGGUGGAUGUGAUAAGGGCCUUUUAGGGACUUUCGAUGUAAUCAUUAAUUCUUGUUUUGUUUUACAAUUUAUUCAAGGCAAAUUCAGAAGGAGAAUCUAGCUGUUGAUCAUGCAAACCUCGAAAUUGAAAGAAUGAUGCCCAUCUCUCAUUACAGUCAUGAUUUUUGAUUAAAAUCAUGACUGUUAUAUUAUGUGUUAUUUGCUUUUAUAAUAUUCUCACAUGUACUGUUGCCCACCUACAUGUAAUCGCUAUGCAUAGACCUGAGACUUGGCCAGAUUUCCAUAUCUCAGAUUCUGAUUGGAAUCAGAGAGGCAGUGGUUUUGAUUUUAGUCUUCAAUGGUAUGACACUGAAAAACAUUAAUAAAAUGCCCUUUAAAUUGUGUAGAUGAGAAGCUGUUGAAAUAGUAUUUUUAGCACCGUUUCUAAGGCACUACCCAGGAAAAUUGGGGGUUAAAUUAUUCACUUGUAUGAAGGUCCAAAUAAUAUUCUGUUAUUAUUAUUAUUAUGUAUUUCAGCUGGAUGCCAAACUUUCUUGAUGGAUUUCACGAUGUUUAUGACUAUUUUAAAUACAAUGGUAACCUAGAUCAGAAACCACAAAGGCACUAUCCCCUCUGGUUAGUCGAGGUAAGUAAAAUAUUAUUCUCCGACGGACAGGAUAUAACAUGAUAUAAUUAGGUAUAAAGGCACAAGGCAAGCCACUGGACUCACUCAGCCAAUUAUUAUCCUGGUAACUUAUGUUUGCAUUAAACACCUAAAGGAGCAUUACCACUACACUGGUGAUCCAUCACAGUUUACCCCCUCCCUCAAAGUUACAUAUCACCAGAGGUAUCUCUUCAAUUCACCAGCUGCAUGAAGAGAGAUGAACUGAAGGCCCUUGUCCAGUGAUCUGAAACAUUGUGAUGGCUAGGCUCAAACCCACCCAAGAGAUGCAGUCUUUCAUUAUCAUGGAAUACUUUGAGUAAUAUAUAAUUAUGAGAGAACUCUUAAGAGAGAACUGAAAUCCCCAUUAUGAGGGCCCAGCAUGUUCUUUUUGUUUUGUUGCAAUGGUGUGUUUACUAACUAAUCUAGGGGUUUUGAUUGGUAAGGACAGCUGUUUAGGUAGUUGUAUGGCUAUAGCAGAAUUUGUGACUUGUUUCCUCCAGUGCUUUUAGUUGGCUUGUUCAAACUCCAUUUUUGAGCAAAUUGUGUUAUUCUUCAAAUAAGCAAAAUGGUGAAAUGGAAGGUCGUAGGUUCAAUUCCUGUUUGGAACUGAGGUUUUUUCUUUGUCCCAUGCUUGUGACAUGUUGAAAAAUUUACCAUCUUUCUUUACAUAUCAAGCGUCUUAGAUAGUAGGGACAUCACAGAGAUAAAACAAGCAAAAUGAAAAUAAGAUGCAAAUGUUCUGGGAAGCCUCCUCUCUCCCCAGCUCCAGUGCAUUUUUUUUCGCAUUAGUUUUUACUGAAUGAGUGAACAUUACUAUCUUGGAGCUUCGAAAGGCUGUUUAUUUUGCUGGAGAGACUCUAAAGCUCUGAUCAAAAUCCAUGCAUUAAAUGGCUGAAAGGAAUUUUAUUUUAAGGGCUAUGUGGCUGAAUGGUGUUAGUUCUGAUUUGUUUUUCACUCCACAGGCAUCAAUCAACCCCCUGCAAGGAUUCCUCAAUUGUCUAGUUUAUGGACAGCACAGGCCAUUUACAGCUUGUUGUACCCACAUAUUUGGCCAAUGUCGUCAGGAGAACUACUCUCACUGCCCUCCAGAUGAUCUUGAAGAACGAAAUAAAACCUUAACAAUUAACUCUUUGUCAGGGUCGGUCAAGAUUCCAGUGAGUGAGAUUUCCCGGUUACUUACUGGAGGAUCUGAGAGAGGUACCCCACCUAUACGCACUCCACCUGUACAGAGUCCAGGCAAACCAUUUACUGCGAGGUUAUUGGGAGAGUCAAGAUACUCCAGUUAA